CGACUGACGGGAUGCACAUUACAGUACCUCCCAGUCGCAUAUGUACUACCGAGCCAUGCUGAUGUUGGCGGGAUGGGAGAGCGAGUCGAACAAGGACCUGAUGCCUGCAAUAAAUACCCUACAAGCAGUUAUCAAACACGCCCGGAAGAACCGUAACGAUCACGUCGCCCUCAUCGCCGGUCUGGCAAAGUUUCGCGUCAUCAUGGCCAACUCUUACUUGGAUAUCGCCCCAGACUCGAUGGCCGAGGUCAAGGAACUCCUGACGGCGGGCAAAGUCUUCCCUCGACCUGCCGAUGGCGAUACCCACGAUCUGACACAUCUACAACCCGUGCUAGCGGUCAUGUUGGCACAGUUCCUGAUCCUGGCAGUCCCGCUAGAAACAAGACGGGGCAACGUCCAGGCGUCGACGGAGUAUCUGAACUUGCUACACCAGUUGAUGGACCGGUCGGAUGCGCUCAACGGGGAUGCCCAAACCGCCGUGGGUCGAUUGCAGGUACCUUUGGGCUCUUUCCGCAACCCAACGGAAUCUGGUUUCGUGGUCCAAAUUACCCCUGCUAGUGUGCUCUUCCAAGUGACCUUCCUCGUCUCGUGUAUCGGCCAAGCGGAUGUCAUGGGCAACAAGCCGAAACGCUUGAUCUACGGGUCCGAAGGGUUGUCUGGCAUGACCUUUGCCUGCAAUUCGACCGCGAAUCAUCUUCAGCACCCGUCCACCCUCGGCUUAACGCACGCGCUUUCUAUCAAGCGGGAGCUGCAGACCGUACACGCGGAGCUGUUACUGGACCUCGCUGGGCUAUACAUCUUCUCCGCCACUUUGAAACAGGCCGAAGAGACCCUGCACAAAGCGAUCGCCCACCUGCGCAAUCACAACAUGUUCGAUACCUACGCCCCACGGGUCUGUCUGCUGCAGGCUCAACGGUAUCAUAUGCUCGGUCGAAGAGAAAAGGCCAUCGCGUGCUAUGAAGCUUGUCGAUACAUCAGCAAUCCAGGAAGCGAGAUUUACCUGGUCGCCAGGACUAGCUUGUUGUUGUUCCAGCUUGCUGGACCUGACUCAUCUGAUCUUGGCGGCAAAGUUUCGCAGAUCAACGAGAUUAAGGGCGAGCUAUAUGCCACGCAAAGCGUGCUCUACAUGGCGGCUGCCAAGAUGCUUGAAGCGGUUACUACCGAGUCCAUCCAGAAAUCGAAAAAACUCCUGGGACUCGGCUUGCAGAGUGCCAUGACUAUCAACAACAAUCAGAUGCGAAUGCUCUUCCUCGUCGUGGCCUCGUCGCACUACCGAGAUACCAUGCAAGACUCUUGCGUUUCGAUGCUCAAGACGGCAUCGACGAUCGCGAGAAAGCUGGGGAUCGCUCAGACGGUCAAAGAAGGGGAGAAGGUAGAGAAGCUGGGUCCGACCGGGCUAGGCCUAUGGGUAGCACAGCGGAUCGGUAAGUGAUUGCGUGCUCGCUGCACGAGUGACCAGCUCACCCUUGUGCUCGCGUCUCGUAGCUUCAAUGACCGCGAGAAAAGAACCCGAAACAUCAACGAAGAACCUAGACAGGGUUCAGAAAU